AUGGCGCGCCGUCCUGCUCGUUGCUACCGGUACUGCAAGAACAAGCCGUACCCCAAGUCUCGGUUCAACCGUGGUGUCCCCGACCCCAAGAUCCGAAUCUUCGAUCUUGGCCGAAAGCGCGCCAAUGUUGACGACUUCCCUCUCUGCAUUCACCUCGUCUCCAACGAGUAUGAGCAGCUGAGCUCCGAGGCCCUCGAGGCCGCCCGUAUUUGCGCCAACAAGUACCUCGUCAAGAACACCGGUAAGGAGGGUUUCCACCUCCGAGUCCGCGCUCACCCCUUCCACGUCGUCCGUAUCAACAAGAUGUUGUCUUGUGCCGGUGCCGAUAGACUGCAGACCGGUAUGCGUGGUGCUUGGGGUAAGCCCAACGGCACUGUCGCCCGUGUCAACAUUGGCCAGAUUCUCAUGAGCGUCCGCACUCGUGAUGCCAACCGUGCCAUCGCCCUUGAGGCCCUCCGACGAUCCCAGUACAAGUUCCCUGGCCGACAAAAGAUCAUUGUCUCCAAGAACUGGGGUUUCACCCCUCUCCGACGUGAGGAGUACCUCGACAAGAAGGCUGCUGGCCGUGUCAAGGUCGACGGUGCUUACGUCCAGUUCCUUUCCAACCACGGUUCUCUGGAGCGCAACAUCCGCCGCUUCCCCGAUGCCUUCAAGUCUGAGGCUUAA